AUGAAAUAUCACAAAGUUAAAUGGGACUAAGUACCAAUCAUUGAUGAAGCUAGCCAAAAUUAUCUUGAUUAAUUAAAUAAUCGAAAUCAUUUCCAUAACUUCUAUACUAAUUAAUGGUUUAAGAGAAGAUCUGAUUAAGUCAAACCACAAUAUCUCUAUUAUCCUGAAGAAAGAAAAUUAUAGAUGGAACUAAAAUAGAUAUUCAGUGUAAAUCAAUUCAUAUACUUAUAUAGACUUUAGAUUGCAAUAAUGAAGGAGUUCUUACUUUGGCUCAUUUGUUUAUACUCUUCAAACAUUAUGGAUAUGGAGUGAGUAUAAACGAUUUAUAAACCAUUUAUCAAUUUAUUGAUUAUAAUAAGGAUAAGGCUUUAUCAUUAGAUGAAUUCAAAGGUCUUACAGAAAAUCAAGAAGCUUUGUCAGCAUUUAGAAUUAUGAUGUUAAAGAUUCUAAAAACUUUGGAAUAUAGUGAAAAAUAUGUUCCAUUAUCAGUUGGAGCAAUGCUAAGCCAUAUUAGUUACUUGGUUCAAAGAGAAAAGUAAUUAAAAAUGAUUCUCAGUGAAUAAAGUAUUGCAAUAAAAUUCUAAGCUUUUCGAUAAUUAAUAUAAGAAACUGAAAAAAAAACUAUAGCUGAUGAAGCCUAUUCAUUAUUUCUUAAAGCAUAAGCAUAAUUCUAUAGAAAACUUAAAAGAUAAAAUUCAGUUGAUUUAACAAUCAAAAUUAGAAAAUCUUUCUCAACUAUUAAUGGUUUAUAACCAUUAUUAUUCAGAAAUAUGCUUAUGAAAGAUGCUAGUGAACUUUAAGAUUUAGCUAAAUUAGUAUAAAUAUAAAGUAAAGUCAAAUAUGAUACUUUUUUAACUGUGACUGAAUCAUUAGAAGAAAACUCAUUAUCAAAUAUUGAAUCUAAUGAUUUAGAAUUAGUAGUUAAAUAAGCUUAAAAAAUUGGAAAAUUAUAGGCAAAUCAAUAAAUUAAAGAAUUAUUAACUUAAAGAGAACUUCCUAAAGUAGUAUCAUAACAUAAAAAAUAAUUAAGUGUUGUAACAUAAGAUUUACCUCCAAUUUAAUUUAAUUUUAAAAAAUUUCAUUCUACAAAAAAUAAAAGUCUUCUAGAACGUCAACUUAAAUUAUUAAAAAUUAUUCCUCUUGAAGAAUUGUCUCAAUUUAACUUUCUUUCUUCAUCGAGAUCAAAUAAAAAUUAUAGUUCUACUCAAGAACACUCUUAAGGAGGUUGGUCAAAUACUAUUUUAUCAUCAAAAUUGCCUAAUUUAUAAUGA